UAUGUUUGCUCUAGUUUUUGUUGUUUUUGAUGUUGAAACGGUUUUUCUUUAUCCAUGGGCAAUGAGUUUUGAUGUCUUGGGGGUAUCCGUAUUUAUAGAAGCUUUCAUCUUCGUGCUUAUUCUAAUUGUUGGUUCAGUUUAUGCAUGGCGAAAGGGGGCGUUAGAGUGGUCUUAAUUUUUGAAUAUUUAGACAAUAAAAAAAAAACAUUGAGACAGUUAUGAAUUCAAUUGACUUUCCCUUACUUGAUCGAACAACCCAAAAUUCAGUUAUUUCCACUACAUUAAAUGAUCUUUCAAAUUGGUCAAGACUAUCCAGUUUAUGGCCACUUCUCUAUGGUACCAGUUGUUGCUUCAUUGAAUUUGCUUCAUUAAUAGGAUCACGAUUCGACUUUGAUCGUUAUGGACUGGUGCCACGAUCUAGUCCUAGGCAGGCAGACCUCAUUUUAACAGCGGGAACUGUAACCAUGAAAAUGGCCCCCUCUUUAGUUCGAUUAUAUGAACAAAUGCCCGAACCAAAGUAUGUUAUUGCUAUGGGAGCCUGUACAAUUACGGGGGGGAUGUUCAGUACCGAUUCUUAUAGUACAGUUCGGGGAGUGGAUAAGCUAAUUCCGGUAGAUGUCUAUUUGCCAGGCUGUCCACCUAAACCGGAGGCUGUUAUAGAUGCUAUAACAAAACUUCGUAAGAAGAUAUCUCGAGAGAUCUAUGAAGAUAAAAAGGGUUCUCAACGAAAAAAUAGGUGUUUUACUACCAACCACAAGUUUCAUGUUGGGAGAAGUACUCAUACGGGCAACUAUGAUCAAGGACUAUGCUAUCAAUCGCUAUUGACUUCAGAGAUACCCUCUGAAACAUUAUUUUUCAAAAAAAAAAGUUCAGUAUCCUCCCACAAAGUGGUGAAUUAUUAUAAAAAUAAAAAAGGGCAGGAGAAGUAA